AUGUUUAGUGGCAGAAACCAUCGACCAAGUGACAGUUUUUCAUCUCGUUAUGGUACCAGCAAGUCCACCAAGCCUCCCAAAUCAUCUUUUCGAGAGCACUCUGUCUCUCGAGGGCUGCAAAGAGCCGACUCUGUCAAAUCAACCAGACAAGAGCAUGUUCAACCGAGCACGGCAGCAGGCAGUACUCUGAACUCUGCCAUCAUCACGAUCUGCGUCGGAAGCGAGCAGAGAAUCUUUGCUGGUCAUGAGGAUGUCCUCCGCCGGUCCUCCUUUUUCGAAGCCGCAGUCAAGAGCCAAUUCUUUGACAACAAGGAGAGGAGAAUCAACCUGCCUGAGGAACAUCCUGAGAUACUCUCUGCUGUCCUGGAAUUUCUCUACAAGGGAGACUACUAUCCAAAGCUCCUACAUAACAAAAGGAAGGACACCUGGGAACUGGAAGAUGUGGGGAACGAUACCAAGACCACCAUCUAUCAUCCAGUAGCCAAGCAUAUCCUGAUGAGAGACACUGUCAUCUACUGUUCAGCUCAGCUAUAUGGUCUUGAAGAGCUCAAGCGCCUUGCCCUCCGCAAACAAGGCCUGCGACAAGGUAUGCAGAUCUCAACCAUCCUGGCGUCAGCUCGCUGGGCAUAUGAGCAUACUCCCGAUACCGACUCGAAGCUUCGAGCUCAGUACCUCACUCUCAUCAUCCGCAGUCGGAACAACUUCAAGAAGAGCGGAACGAUGAAGGUCGAGAUGCAACAGGGCGGCACCUUGUUCUUCGAUUUGUUUGUGGCCAUGUGCAACCAUAUUGACGACCUCAAAACGGUGCGUUCGCCAUUUGCCUCACCCUUUACUCGCUAG